AGGAGUUCGCCAAGCUGGUAGUGUCCGUCAAGUCCAUCAAGGUGGUCGAGGCCAACGUUACAAUGACGACUACGACGGCUUCGGUCACUUCCACAACCUCGACCACGACCAGCAGUAAUUCAACGACUGAGUCGACCACUUCGACCACUUCGACUACUUCGACUACGUCUACCACGGCCAUCACCACGACGGUCGCAGAGGCGGGAGGCGGUGGCCCUGCAGCGAGUUCCCUCGGGGCGGGCGGCGCCGCCGGGGCGGCUGUAUUCGACUGCCUCGAGGGGUACGACGACUGGGAGAGGCUUUGGAAUUCCACCAAGAAGGACUGGUGCUGCGCCAAGCACGGCCACUGCCAGAAGUCCACGGCCAAAGGCAGUGGUGUCGACUGCUGGGCCGACUUGUCGAAUUGGGAGGCCUGGUCCUCCGAGAAGAAGCAGUUCUGCUGCGGCGCUCACUUCAAGUGCCCGAGCCCGGUCGACGGCCUCAACGCCACAGGCGAGAGGCCAUUCCCGUGGGACCCCGAGCUCGGCGGGUACAUCUGCAAGAGCCUCUCGAACGUUUCUGGCACCCCCACGACGGGCAAGAAGAAGGCGAUGCAGUGGUGCUGCGAGCACGAGAAGAUAGGG